CUUCUCUCUCCAGACAGACUACACCUUCAAAUAAGGCUGUUCAUCUGUACUACGGUUGGGAGUCAUUGUAACCAGAGUCAUGCCUGUGGUUAAAGUGGAGAGUGAAUCUCCAUCUGAGACCAGUCUUUCAGUGAAUGACAACCAGAGAGCAGAGCCACAAAGAGGCCGCCGGAGGAAGAGGCCCCUUCAGCGAGGCAAACCACCAUACAGUUAUAUCGCUCUGAUCUCCAUGGCAAUUGCUAACUCGCCCGACCGUAAACUCACUCUGGGAGGGAUCUACAAGUUCAUCACUGAGAGGUUCCCUUUCUACCGAGACAACUCUAAGAAAUGGCAGAACUCUAUCCGGCAUAAUUUGACACUCAAUGACUGCUUUAUCAAGAUCCAACGUGAACCCGGCAGACCGGGAAAAGGAAACUACUGGGCACUAGACCCCAACGCAGAAGACAUGUUUGAAAGUGGCAGCUUUCUACGGCGUCGAAAGCGUUUCAAGCGCAGCGACUUCACUACAUACUCAUCGUACGUGCACGAGUCUCCCGUCUUCUCAUCGGUACAGAUUGCACGCUCAGCCUACGCCAACUCUGUCUACUCAAACAUGGCUGUGAGCCCACAAUAUGCACAACAGCUGUCUUCUGCCUACUACCAAUCUGCCUCUCCAAGCUUUGGCUCAAGUCAGUCGAGGGUCUUCAGAAUCAACUCUCUCAUUGGGUCACCUAGAGGGAUGGGUGAAAGUGCAGAGAUGAUGCCUCAGCAGUCUUGCCGCAGUUUCAGCCCUGAGAGUGGCUCCUGCAGUUUGGGAGGACCAGGCUUCCAGCAUCAGUCCUGCAGCGGGGAGACGGUGCUGUCAUGCUGCUCUAGCUCCUCCAAUAACAUGGCCUUUGCUUAUUCCAGCCCAGGACAUGGACAAACUCAGGUAUCAUAUCCACAAGGCAGCGCUCAGACCUACGGGCCAACAGGAAGGAUGGCCAUCUCCAGCUUAUCUCCCAUUGCUGGUGAUGCUGUCGGGGACCCGUAUGGUAGAACCUCCCCGGCACAGCUGGGCUCUUUCGUCCAGUACAAUAACUCUGGCCCAGUAGGUAGCUCUGGAGCCUACAUCAGGCAUCCAGUUUACUCAGGUAAUAUGGACAGGUUCGUGUCUGCCACCUAAUCCAAGACCGAAGAUGAUUUUCCCAUUAUGAUAACUGCUGCCACACAGGAACAUUUGGAGAGUCAUUAAAAAAAAUAUCCAAAUGGUAAAAAUAAAAAACAAUCAACAUUGUGAUAGCCCUGUGUCAUACCACUCUUAGCAUAGCAGAAAAUGGUAUGUUUACAUUUAAUAUGGAAAAUGUCAUGUUUAAACACUUUCUUUUUUUACCUGUGAUUUCCUCAAAUGAGUAAGUUAAAAUGAUCUGUGCUAACCUUUCCCAUCACAAACAUUAUAAAAAAAGGCACAAAGAUUAAAACUGAAAUGUUUACACAGAUCAAGACUUUGGCAGGGGCUUUGUUUGUAAUUAGAUGAGUGAAAUGUGUCAUACGUUUUGUAUAUGCUCUUGUUAUAAUUGCCAUCUAUGAUAAAACUAAAAGUGUAAAACACUU